AUGUCGGUGGACCCGGAUUUCAACCACUACAUACUCCAGCAAGAAGGCAAGCUGGUGGAGCUUUGGUACAUGGAUUCGUUGGCCGAGUUCAUCGGCCAACAGGGCCCGCUGAAGGAAGUAGCCACCGCCGGCAAUUUGCACAAGAACUUGAAGAAGCUGAUUCACCAACACAUUGGCAUCGAGAGCUUGAAGGGAGACCUAUUGGGCCUCAUGGAUCAAGUCGUGAAUUGGACUCUGGAAUCGUGGGCUACUUCGCCCACGGGAAGCGUGGAAGUCAAAUCUGCCGUCUCCAAGAUGACGAUGGAUUUGAGCUUACUCAUAAUGUUAGGUUACGAACCUCUAAACACCGACCCAAAACUGAGCAAGAUGUUCACCGAAUUCCGACGUGGCCUACUCUCAUUCCCUCUCAAGCUGCCCGGCACCGUUCUUCACUCCUGCUUGCAAAAUCGGAAGAAAAUUAUGACGAUGAUUAUGAAUACAAUGAAGUCGAAACGAGAUCAACGACACGAUUCAUCGUCGUCAUCAAGUAGUACUGCAGAAACACCAACAACGGGAGCUAAUUACGACAUGAUGGAUCGUCUCCUCGAUGACAAGAACGUACAGAACUCUGUGAACGACGGAGCCGUCGGCUACGUGAUGUUCGCUCUUCUCUUCGCCUUCGCCGAGACGAUUCCCAGCGUUUUGAUGUUGGUGAUGAAGCUGUUGCCUGAGAAUCCGCUUGUUAUGGAAGAACUUGUGAAAGAGAAUGAAGAGAUUCUUCGUACAAGGGAAAGUAAAGAGGGCGAGCUGACGUGGAAGGAAUAUAAAUCCAUGAACUUCACCAUGAAUGUGAGCUGA